ACAAAAAGAAAACAUAAUAAAAACAUACUAAAAAUAGAAACACAAAAUUAAUUAAAUGGUUCAAUAUAAUUGUCAUAUAAGCCGCGCUCUACAAAGAUACAGAGUGGUGUUAAUUAAAGAUUAACAGAGCAGGAUAUGUGACGUUGUGUGAUUUCACUGGACUUUGACAGUGAGUCACUUCAGUGUCUGAGACGAGGCGACUGAACCACCCGACAGUGACAUCUCUGCCCUCCACAUACUUCAAAACUCCAAGAUGCUUCACCUGAAAGGACUCGGUGCCAUCGGCGCUUUGGUUUUCCAUCACACCCUCGUCUUGGUUCUCCUAACACGUCGCUGCGAAGGUGAGUCUCAGGUGAUUGGUCCAUCUCAGCCAAUAGUGGCAGCUGUUGGUGAUGACGUCGUGUUGCCAUGCCACCUGGAACCUGCCGUGGACGCUUCAAGCAUGACAGUGGAGUGGACGAGACCUGACCUGAGUCCCAGAUUUGUGCAUGUGUGGCGUGACGGUGUGGAACUGGAGAAUAAAAAACACCCGUCCUACGUGGGGAGAACGUCAGUGUCCGUCAACAAACUGAAGCUCGGAGACGUUUCACUGAAACUGUCCAGAGUGAAACUGUCUGAUGAGGGAACGUACAGAUGCUUCGUUCCAACUCUGAACAGAGAGUCUACUGUAACGCUUGUUGUUGGUGCAGUCUCCUCACUUAUCAUCAGCUUGAUGAGGACUGAGAACGAUGGGGUGGUGUUGCAGUGUGAGUCUAAAGGCUGGUAUCCAGAGCCUGAGCUGUUGUGGCUGGACGGUGAGGGAAAGCUGCUCUCUGCUGGACGAACAAAGACAGUCAGAGGUCCUGAUGACCUCUAUACUGUCAGCAGCAGAGUGACUGUGGAGAAGAGACACAGCAACAGCUUCACCUGUAGAGUCCAACAGAAGAUCAUCAACCAGACCAGAGAGAUACAGAUACAUGUUCCAGAUGACAUCUUCAUUGCAUUCAGUAGACCUGAGCUUUAUCUCACUAUUUUUGUGGCUGUUGGAUUCUUGUCUAUUCUUGCAGUUUUCUUUGCUGUGUGGAAAUGGAGACAAAAUAAGAGGAAAAUGAAAAAUAUGGAGGAUUUCAAUGAAGACAAGACAAACCUUGAUCAGGAGUUAGAAAAGGAAGAACACCUAAAGAAAGUCAAGGUGGAGGUAAUGACAAUAUGGAAGAACCAUAAGAACCAACUAGAGAACUUAAGAAAGCAACUGGAAUCACAGCUGGAAGAGGCAGUUGAGACCGUGACGAAGCUAGAGUCUACAAAGAAUUCGUCUGGCCUUCAAUUCACUUUUAUACGAUCGUUCUACAAUGGCACUAAGGCCCUUCCUGAAGAGGCCUACCAAGAACUGGGGAAGAGAAACGCUGGACUUGAGGAAUGGCUAAAGAACUUUGAAAAACAACUACAGACAACAGAUGAAGGGAUUACAAGACUGAUAGCAGCGACCGAACAAGACAAGGCUCAAGGAAACCCAGAGGGUCAGAGCAGUCCGAGAGAGGAAGCAGAGGAGGACAAUGAAACUACUGUGUUAGCACCAAAAGAGGAUUAUUAUUCUGAACCUGAAAUUAAAGCUCAGGUGUAGACAAAAUGAACAGAAACCAGUGAGCUGUCUAACUUUGAUUAGAGAAUUCUAACUACUGCAAAAGUGAAGGUGGAAAAAACGGUGUGAGGGAGAGGGCUUACUGUUUUUAUACUUAUAGCUCAAUGUUGAAUGAAUAUCUUUUGUUUUUUCUCUGUAUACUUGUUCCACCGACCUCCACGGUCCGGAUGCUGAGUGGAAGAGAUCAUUGAACCCAACCUAUCAGGAAUUGCUGGGUUUUGAAUUGAAUCGUUCAACUCAAUGAUCCCUCGAGUUGCAAUCAUAAGAAAUUUGCUGUUUAAUAAAAAUCCGAAACUC